AUGGAGGGCCCCAGUCAUUUGUAUCUCUUUGGAGAUCAGACUGCGGAUUUUGACUCCGGGCUUCGUCGGCUGUUGCAUGCUAAGAAUGACUCGCUUGUAGCAGCAUUCUUCCAAAAGUGCUACUAUGCGUUACGCAAGGAAAUUACAUCGCUUCCGCCAUCCGAACGUCAGGGCUUCCCUCGCUUUACUAGUAUCGUUGACCUUCUCGCGAGGUUCAAAGAGUCAGGGCCGAACCCAGCUCUAGAGAGUGCAUUGACAACAAUUUACCAACUAGGAUGCUUCAUCCACUACUAUGGUGAUUUGGGCCAUGCCUAUCCGUCGGGUGAUGACAGCUGCAUCAUUGGACUUUGCACCGGUCAACUCGCAUCUGCGGCCGUAAGCUCUUCGAAAACUAUCGGGGAGCUUAUUGCAGCUGGAAUUGAGACCGUCCUUGUUUCCUUGAGGCUCGGGAUGUGCGUUUUGAAAGUACAAGAGCUCAUAGAACCAAGCAAAUCGGCAACAUCAAGCUGGUCUGUACUAAUUUCUGGUAUGCACGAGCCCGAGGCCCAGGAUUUGAUUCAACAGUACACGAAGAAGAAUGCCUUGCCCCGCGUUUCUCAACCUUAUAUCAGCGCAGUAAGCCCCAAUGGACUCACAAUCAGUGGUCCCCCGACUUUUCUGGGCCGUUUCAUUGAGUCCAGUCUCUCAAAGGAGCACAAGCCCACAAUGGUUCCAAUCCACGGCCCUUAUCAUGCCUCUCAUCUAUAUGAUAACAGGGACAUUAACCGAAUUUUGGAAUCGUGGCCUACAGAGAAUUUCAUGAUGUACGUGCCUCAGAUCCCUGUGCUGUCAAGUGAGACAGGCAAGGAGCUCCAGGCUGAGAGCCUUGAGCAGCUCUUGAGAUUUUCUCUUCAGGAGAUUCUACAAAGACAGCUUUGCUGGGGCAAGGUCAUCCAAUCUUGCCAGUCAAUCUUGGAGUCUACAAAAACAUGCACUCUGUUCCCAAUUUCCAGCACUGCAACCCAGAGCCUAUUUAACUCAUUGAAAAAGGCUGGAGUCUCCAAUCUCGAGGUUGACAGCACACUUGGUGAUGUCCGGAAGGAUGCUGGUGGAGAUAAUCGUACCGGCCGUGCUGAGCAGUCCAAAAUUGCAAUUAUUGGUCUUUCAGGAAGAUUUCCAGAUUCGCCUGAUACCGAAGCUUUCUGGGAUCUUUUGAAAAAAGGACUGGACGUCCACCGCGAGGUUCCCCCAGAGCGAUGGGAUGUCAAGGCUCACGUUGACAUGGAAGGAAAGAAAAGAAAUACCAGCCAAGUCCAAUAUGGAUGCUGGUAUGACGACGCGGGCAUGUUUGACCCUCGAUUUUUCAAUAUGUCUCCCCGUGAAGCACUUCAAGCAGAUCCUGCUCAACGUCUGGCACUCUUGACUGCUUAUGAGGCUUUGGAAAUGGCAGGCUUCAUCCCUGACAGCACGCCCUCUACGCAGAAGAACCGAGUGGGUGUCUUCUAUGGAAUGACCAGUGAUGACUACCGUGAGACCAACAGUGGUCAGGAUAUUGACACCUACUUUAUCCCGGGUGGUAACCGUGCUUUUACUCCCGGUCGCAUCAACUACUAUUUCAAGUUCAGCGGCCCCAGUGUUAGUGUGGAUACCGCUUGCUCCUCAAGUCUUGCGGCAAUUCAUGUCGCCUGCAAUUCCUUGUGGAGGAAUGAAUGUGAUUCUGCCGUGACGGGCGGUGUCAACAUCCUGGCAAAUCCCGACAAUCAUGCUGGUCUUGAUCGUGGACACUUCCUCUCAAGGACCGGAAACUGUACCACCUUUGAUGAUGGGGCUGAUGGCUAUUGCAGAGCAGAUGGAGUUGGCUCCAUUGUCAUUAAGAGACUUGAGGAUGCCCAGGCAGACAACGAUCCAAUCUACGGUAUUAUUGGAGGAGCUUAUACCAACCACUCAGCAGAGGCUGUGUCAAUUACUCGGCCUCAUGUGGGAGCACAGUCCUUCAUCUUCGACAAGCUUCUCAACGAGUCCAACAGCGACCCAAAAGAGAUUAGUUAUAUCGAAAUGCACGGAACCGGCACCCAGGCAGGUGAUGCAGUGGAGAUGCAGUCGGUUCUCGAUGUCUUCGCUCCUGACUACCGUCGUGGGCCAACCCAAUCUCUUCACCUCGGUUCAGCAAAGUCAAAUGUUGGCCAUGGAGAGUCCGCCUCUGGUGUCACAGCUCUGAUCAAGGUCUUGAUGAUGAUGCGAAAGAACAUGAUUCCCCCUCACUGUGGCAUCAAGACCAAGAUCAACCACAACUUCCCGACAGACUUCCCGCAGCGCAAUGUGCACAUUGCAUCUGAAGCUGUCCCCUGGAACAGGCCAAAUGGUGGCAAGCGGAAGACUUUCAUCAACAAUUUCUCGGCCGCCGGAGGCAAUACUGCUUUGAUGGUCGAGGAUGGUCCGCUCAAUGACGAGAAUGUGGAAGAUAUCCGGUCUGCGCAUCCUGUGCUUGUUUCGGCUCGGUCCCAGUCUGCACUGAAGAAUAACAUCUCUGCUCUCGUGCAGUACAUCGAUACAAACAAGAACUCGUUCAAUUCCAACGAUGCAAGCCUCCUUGCCAAUCUGUCUUACACGACUACAGCGAGACGGAUUCAUCAUCCCUUCAGAGUCGCUGUCACUGGAUCUACUCUAGAUGAAGUCAGGAGUGCAUUGGCUCCUAUCGUCAACCGAGACAGCAUCAGCCCGGCUCCUGCCAAUGCACCUGGCAUCGGAUUUAUCUUCACCGGACAAGGUGCUCAGUACACAGGCAUGGGACGCCAAUUGUUUGAUAGUUGCUCCCAAUUCCGUGCUCACAUCGAACACUUGAAUUGUAUCUGUGAGAGCCAGGGCUUCCCAUCUAUUCUGUCCCUGGUCGACGGGAGUGUGCCAAUUGAAGAGCAUAGCCCGAUCGUUACACAGCUCGGAACAACCUGUGUGCAAAUGGCAUUGACAAAGUACUGGAUGUCUCUGGGUAUUGUACCUACCUUUGUCAUUGGCCAUAGCCUCGGCGAGUUUGCCGCGCUGAAUGCUUCCGGUGUCUUGACAACUAGCGACACAAUCUACCUUGCCGGGCGACGAGCCCAGCUUCUCACUGAACAAAUCGAGGUUGGAACGCACGCUAUGCUUGCUGUCAAGUCUUCAGUGGCACAGGUCAAGCAGUUUCUUGAUGAGGCUACCGAGGUGGCUUGUAUCAAUGCGCCCAGCGAGACUGUUAUCAGUGGCGCAAGCGAGAAGAUUGACGAGCUUGCGCAAACUCUUACCAACGAAGGGUUCAAGGCUACCAAGUUAAAUGUACCUUUUGCUUUCCAUUCAGCUCAGGUUGAACCUAUACUUGAAAGUCUGGCUGAAAUUGGAAAGGGCGUCAAUUUCAACGCGCCCUCUAUUCCAUUCGUAUCUGCCCUUCUUGGAGACGUCAUCAAUGAGACCAACGGUGAGUUGCUUGGUACCAACUACCUCACCCGUCACUGCCGGGAGACUGUCAACUUCCUGGGUGCUCUUGAAGCUACCCGGCACUCCAACUUAAUGAAUGACAAGACUAUUUGGGUUGAGAUUGGCUCUCACCCGGUCUGCUCCGGAAUGGUCAAGGCAACUUUCGGUCCUCAGGCAACUACUGUGGCAUCUCUCCGUCGCCAGGAAGACACGUGGAAGGUUCUCUCAACCAGUGUUUCAGCUCUCUAUAUGGCUGGAAUUGACAUUCGAUGGAAGGAAUAUCACCAGGACUUCACUGGACACAAAGUUCUCCCACUCCCUUCCUACAAGUGGGAUCUCAAGAACUACUGGAUUCCUUACACUAAUAACUUCUGUCUGCUCAAGGGUGCACCGCCGGUAUCAGUGGCUGAUGCUGCGCCAGUUUCUGUUUUCUUGUCAUCGGCAGCACAAAAGGUUUUGGAGACGAGUGGUGACAAUUCGUCGGCGUCUAUCGUCAUCGAGAAUGACAUUGCUGAUCCCGACCUCAAUCGUGUCAUUGCAGGUCACAAGGUGAACGGUGCCUGCCUUACUCCAUCGUCCCUGUACGCCGAUAUCGCCCAAACACUUGGUGAAUAUCUAGUCCAGAACUACAAGCCAGAAUGGAAAGAUCGCGGAUUUGAUGUCUGCAACAUGGUGGUCCCUAAGCCGCUUAUUGCAAAGGGAGGCAAGCAGCUCUUCCGCGUUUCAGCGACUGCAAACUGGGCCGAAGAAAAUGCCAAGGUGCAGGUGUGGUCUGUGACCCCCGAGGGGAAGAAGAUCCUUGACCACGCCACUUGCUACAUCAAGUUCUUUGAUCCCAGUACUUACGACGUCGAGUGGAAGCGCAGCUCUUACCUCAUCAAGCGAAGCAUUGAGCAUCUCCAAGAGAGCACUGUAUCCGGCCAGGCUCACCGCAUGAAGCGAGGAAUGGUCUACAAGCUCUUUGCUUCUCUGGUUGAUUAUGACGAGAACUACAAAUCCAUUCGGGAAGUCAUCCUCGACAGUGACCAACACGAAGCUACCGCUCUGGUCAAAUUUGAGGCUCCUCCGGGCAACUUUCAUCGCAAUCCAUUCUGGAUUGACAGCAUUGGUCACUUGUCUGGCUUCAUUAUGAAUGCUAGUGAUAACACCGAUUCGAAGAACCAAGUGUUCGUCAAUCAUGGAUGGGACUCGAUGAGGUGCUUGAAGAAGUUCGAUCCGAGCGUCACUUACCGCACCUACGUGAGGAUGCAACCCUGGAAAGAGUCUAUUUGGGCUGGUGAUGUCUAUAUGUUUGAUGGAGAUGACAUCGUUGCUGUGUUUGGUGGUGUUAAGUUCCAAGCUCUGGCACGAAAGAUCCUCGACAUGGCUCUUCCUCCAGCUGGAGCGGCAUCCAAGCCGGCCGCCAAGCGUGUUCCUGCUCCCGUCAAUAUCGAGAAGGCAAAGACUGGCUCUGCCAAAAAGGCUGCCCCUUCACCAAGAUCUGGAAUGCCAAGUCUGACUAUGCGUGCUCUUGCAAUCCUUGCUGAAGAGGUCGGACUUUCGGCAUCUGAGCUGACUGAUGACCUCAACUUCGCUGAUUACGGAGUUGACUCCCUUCUCUCGCUGACUGUCACUGGGCGAUACCGCGAGGACAUGGGACUCGAUCUUGACUCCACUAUCUUCGUGGAUAAUCCAACUGUCAAAGACUUCAAAAAUCUUCUAGCUCAAAUGAGCCCUAGUGAAAGUAGUGACGGAUCAAGCAGUGAAGGUGACAUGUCGUCGGCCGCAUCUUCGACCGACUUGUCGACUCCAAACAGCAGUGGUCUGCCAAGUCCUGCAAAUGAGAAGCCGAUGGCACAUGGAUCGCAGGAGCAAAAUGACAGCAUGAGGCAGAUUGCCUCAAUCUUGGCCGAGGAGAUCGGUGUGGAACCCGAGGAGCUCGAUGGGGAUGCGAACCUUGCUGAGAUGGGCCUAGACUCAUUGAUGUCGCUCACCGUUCUCGGUAAAAUCCGUGAAGAUCUUGAUCUUGAUCUCUCGGGAGAGUUCUUCAUUGAGAAUCAAACACUCGAUGAUAUCGAGACUACCUUGGGUCUAAAGCCUAAGCCAGCCCCUGCGGAGCCAAUCAGAUUCCCCGAACAAAUCCCUGUUCGAGCCCCGGUGGUCGCUCCCAGCACUACCCCCCAGCACCCGCCGGCCACUUCAAUCCUCCUGCAAGGAAACCCAAAGACAGCGACUCAGAGUUUGUUUUUGUUCCCUGAUGGCUCUGGCUCUGCUACCUCCUAUGCUUCCAUCCCUGGAAUUUCUCCCGAUGUGUGUGUCUAUGGACUGAACUGCCCAUACAUGCGCACCCCUGAGAAUCUCAAGGCCAGAUUGGACGAGCUCACAGCUCCUUACAUUGCUGAGAUUCGGCGCCGCCAGCCCACUGGCCCUUACAACUUCGGUGGCUGGUCCGCCGGUGGUAUUUGUGCGUACGACGCCGCGCGCCAACUGAUCUUCGAGGAAGGCGAGCGAGUCGAGCGCCUGCUGCUUCUUGAUUCGCCCUUCCCCGUUGGACUGGAGAAGCUGCCUCGCCGCCUGUACAGCUUCUUUGAUACGGUCGGACUGUUUGGAGAGGGCAAGGCACCUCCACCUAAAUGGCUUCUCCCUCACUUCCUGGCUUUCAUCGAUUCCCUGGAUGCUUACAAGGCGGUUCCCUUCCCUCACACAGACCCCAAGCUGGCCGAUAAGCUCCCCAAGACCUUCAUGGUCUGGGCCAAGGAUGGUGUCUGCUCCAAGCCAGGUGAUGCCCGCCCUGCACCAGCUGCAGAUGGUAGCCCAGACCCUCGUGAGAUGCUCUGGUUGUUGAACAACCGCACUGAUCUCGGUCCAAAUGGUUGGGAUACCCUCGUCGGCCCGAAUCAUGUCGGCGGAAUUACCGUUAUGGAGGAUGCCAAUCAUUUCACUAUGACUCGUGGCGAGAAGGCCAAGGAGCUGGCUACAUUCAUUGCUAACUCUAUGGCUUCGGCGUAA